ACAGUGACAGAGCAGAGGAGUGACAGUGACAGAGCAGAGGAGUGACAGUGACAGAGCAGAGGAGUGACAGUGACAGAGCCUGCAGCUUGACUGCUGUGAGGAUGAAGAGACCCCAUGAGUACAGUGCUGCAGAGAGUGACUCAGAGGAGCUCAUCGAUGUGGGACAGGAGGAUGGAUUCUGCCCUGUCACCGGGUCCCAGUCCCUCAUUACCACCUCUCAGAUGCAAGCGAGGAAGAGAAGGCGUGGGAUCAUUGAGAAACGCAGGAGAGAUCGGAUCAACCACAGCCUGUCUGAGCUGAGACGCCUCGUCCCCAGUGCCUUCGAGAAGCAGGGCUCGUCCAAGCUGGAGAAGGCUGAGAUCCUGCAGAUGACUGUGGAUCACCUGAAGCUGCUCCAUGCGAUGAGAGGGAAAGGUUAUUUGGACGCUCAUGCCCUGGCAGUGGAUUACAGGAGCCUUGGUUUCCGAGAGUGCGUGGGGGAGGUGGCACGCUACCUGAGCUCCCUGGAGAGCCUGGAGAAUGCAGACCCCAUCGGCACGCGGCUGGUUGCUCACCUCAACCACUGUGCCAGCGAGAUGGAGCCCCUUCUGCCCAGCCCUGCCUCCCUGCCCCUCCCUCACCCCUGGCCCUGGGACUUACCUCAGCUCUCCAGCACCUUCCCGCGGAGGGUGAGCGAGGCACGGAUCCCCAGGAGGGACGUGCCCCCUCCCUCAGCAACCGCCCUCCUCGCUGCCUACCCCUCCCCCAUGGGCUGCCUGCCCCCCAAUCAGCAGGGAGGGACGGUGGCAGUGCGGAGAAUCAUCCCCGUGGCAACCCUCCGAGGACAUGGACUCUCGCAGCCCGGCAAUGGCCUGUCACCCACUCUGCAUCACCUGCGCCCCACCCAGCUGUCUUUCAGGGCCUUCGCUCCCUUCUCCACCAGCCCCUCCUCUCCAACCUCCAGCGGGGCAGCCCAGCCAAGCCGAUCAUGGGGGACUGAGAUCGGGGCUUUCUGAAGAGCACACCCAGCCAGGACUGCCCCCUGUCUCUGAGCGGGGGAAACCUGCCCCAUGAAAUCCGUGUACACAGCGGGGGCAGAUCUGAACUCAGCCGUGCUUUAAACGUCAGGACCAAACCUGUCGUUUCACUUGCAAAAGUUUCCUGUGAUUGUAAAAGCACAGCAUAGUUUAAUAAAGCACAGCUCAAGCAUGGUCAAGCACAGGCAAGCACCAUGGUACUAAACACAGAUCUAAACACAGAUCUAAACACAGACCUAAACACAGAUCUAAACACAGAUCUAAACACAGACCUAAACACAGGUCUGAACACAGGUCUAAACACAGAUCUGAACACAGGUCUAAACACAAAUCUGAACACAGGUCUAAACACAGAUCUGAACACAGGUCUAAACACAAAUCUGAACACAGAGCCAUUGUUUGCAUUGAUUCAGAAAGGGGCUUUGUGGAAGCAGCUACUCUAACAGUGCGUGCGACUCUCUAAGUGUCAUUUUUUAAAAGGAAAUAAAUAAAAAAUGCUUGAUCUGAUUAAUAUUGA